GACGCGACGCGUCGAUCGUGUCUUGGAUUCAACCACGAUGGCCCCUCCGACCCUCACAAUCCUCCGCAGCUAUGCGCAACGCACGGACCCCAGCUCGCUUCCUGCCUCUGUCCUGCUCACCUACACUGAACGUACGCUCACGAUAUUCGACGCAUUUCCAAAGUCGAUCUUUCAUUUCCUCGUCCUCCCGCGCGUCCUCCCGCCCUUGACUGCACCUGGGCUGGCCAAUCUAAAGACCGUCCUGAAAGGGGACAAGGAACGAGCAAAGGAAGUCAUUAGAUGGCUUGCAGAGGACGCGAAACAGGUCCGGUCGAUGAUCGAGGACGAGAUGAUGAAGCGCUACCACUUCAAAUGGGACGUCUGGAUGGGCUUUCACGCAGUGCCUUCCAUGGAGCAUAUUCACCUGCACGUCCUCUCAGCAGACCUUUGUUCGCCCGCGAUGAAGAACAAGAAGCACUACAAUUCCUUCCACCCCGCGCGUGGCUUCUUCAUCCCUCUGUCAGAUGUACAAGAGUGGGUGGAUGCUGAGCCGUCUUAUUUCGCUAUGAUAUCCCAACUCAAGCCUAGCCACUACGAGCCGCUUCUGAAGGAGCCACUCGACUGCUGGCGGUGCAACAAGGACUUCAAGGCCAUGCCGCUCUUGAAGUCCCAUCUACAAGAGGAAUGGGAUGUACAGGCGAAGCGGGAAAAGGCCAAGCUGGAGAAGAAGCGCAAGCGAACACCUGAGGAACCUAAGGAACAUGGAGCGGGCACCGACGUGCACGAAGACGAGCCAGACCAGAAACGACGAGCAAAAUCACAUUCCGGGUCUCCUUCAGCAUCAUAGGUUUUCCUUCGGUUGCAGGUUGCGCGUUUCUAGCACCACGACGAUGAGCGUUACACGGAUUGCAUUCUUCUCAUGAUACAUCCAAUUACACGGCGAUGUAUCGCCACCAUCUACAUGCUUUUGCUCAGUAUCACACUUCGGUCGUUAUACACUUCGUUCCUCCUGUGUUGUUCACUGCGGCUUCGGCUUGCG